CGUAUAAAAUGCUCUGCCAAGGCUAUCUAGGGUUCUGGUUAUUCGGCCGUCGCGGUAGAGCAACUCUUCUUGAACUCCAUAGCUAGGGCAAACAGAGUUCCGCUGCCUUAGACGUUAACCAUGGGUCGUAUGCACAGUCGAGGUAAGGGUAUUUCCGCCUCUGCAUUGCCCUACAAGAGGACGCCGCCAAGUUGGCUCAAGAUCUCUUCCACGGAUGUGGAAGAUAAUAUCUGCAAGUUUGCGAAGAAGGGUUUAACCCCUUCUCAGAUUGGUGUCAUUCUUCGUGAUUCUCACGGUAUAGCUCAGGUCAGAAGUGUUACUGGAAGCAAAAUCUUGCGUAUUCUUAAAGCCCACGGGCUGGCACCCGAGAUUCCUGAGGAUCUUUAUCACUUAAUCAAGAAGGCAGUUUCCAUCCGUAAGCAUUUGGAGAGGAACAGGAAGGACAAGGAUUCCAAGUUCAGAUUGAUUCUUGUUGAGAGCAGAAUUCACAGGCUUGCUCGUUACUACAAGAAGACCAAGAAGCUUCCACCAGUUUGGAAAUAUGAGUCAACAACUGCCAGCACCCUGGUCGCAUAAUUUUCAGUUUGGGCAAUUUUCGAUUGGUUCCAUAUGAUUUGGUUUUGUCAGUGAAUUGGGUCAUAUAUAGGUUGGUGGAGUAGUGAGAGUUGUUACUUGGUUUUCAUUUAUGGUUUCAGUUUUUAAUUUAGUAUGAAAUGUGUAGACUUAUUUGGCCAGAUUAAAAAAGCAAACCGGAAAAGAUUUUGUUGCCUAUAAAUUAUAAUAUGGCAGGAUGUUUCGUUUAAA